AGCCACCACUAAAAUAAUAAUAAUAUUAUUAUUAUAAAAUUCAAAAUAACCCGAGGGACCAACACGUGCUCUCUUCCUAUAAGUCCCCCAUCUUUUCCUUUCAUUUAUUUUUAUCCCGCAGCUCAGAUCGCCGGAAAGUCCCUCACGGCGGCAAUUAUUCCUAAAUUUAUCUAGGGUUUCAUUUCAUUUAAUCUAAUCUUUGUAACGUCGUUGAUAUGACAUCGGAAGACGUUGUAGGGAAAACGAGUGUGACCAUCGCUAAUAUCGCUGAAGAAGCAAAAAUCGCCAGUGAAGGUGUCAAGGCUCCCAGUCGUCAAACUUUGCUCGGAAUCUGUAAAUCUCUCGUCGCUGGAGGUGUUGCCGGCGGAGUAUCGCGUACUGCUGUUGCUCCUCUAGAAAGAUUGAAAAUUCUGCUUCAGGUUCAAAAUCCGCAUGCGAUCAAAUACAAUGGAACUAUUCAGGGACUAAAGUAUAUAUGGAGAACCGAGGGUUUUAAAGGAAUGUUUAAAGGAAAUGGCACCAAUUGUGCGCGCAUUGUCCCAAACUCUGCUGUCAAAUUCUUUAGCUAUGAAGAGGCAUCCAAGGGAAUCUUGUGGCUAUAUCGACAGCAAACCGGAAAUGGUGAUGCUGAACUCACACCGCUUUUACGCCUUGGAGCCGGUGCUUGUGCGGGAAUAAUUGCCAUGUCAGCGACCUAUCCGAUGGACUUGGUUCGCGGUCGUAUUACUGUCCAGACUGAUAAAUCUUCUACUCAAUAUAGAGGAAUUGCGCAUGCUCUUACGACAGUACUCCGUGAAGAGGGUCCACGCGCGUUAUACAAAGGAUGGCUUCCUUCUGUUAUUGGCGUUAUACCAUAUGUGGGACUUAAUUUCGCGGUAUACGAAUCCUUAAAAGACUAUUUGGUGAAGUCAAGACCGUUCGGGCUAGUUGAAGACAAGGAGUUGGGCGUGACAACUAAGCUCGCAUGUGGGGCCGUUGCUGGAACCUUUGGUCAAACGGUUGCAUACCCACUCGAUGUCAUACGCAGAAGAAUGCAAAUGGUUGGUUGGAAACACGCUGCGUCAGUUGUUACCGGUAAAGGAAAUUCAACACUUGAAUACACUGGUAUGAUUGAUGCCUUCAGGAAAACCGUUCGUUAUGAGGGUUUCGGCGCUUUGUACAAGGGUUUGGUCCCGAAUUCAGUCAAGGUGGUUCCAUCGAUAGCGAUUGCAUUUGUGACAUAUGAGGUGGUUAAGGAUGUACUCAAGGUAGAGAUGAGGAUAUCCGAUUAAUGAAACAAAACAUCACAUUCUUAUUCAACGUUCGUGUUAGUUAAUUUGCAUGCGAAAGGGUAGGUGGUAAAAUCGUCGCUAAUAUCUUUGAGUUAUCGGUUUUUGGUAAUAAAGAGAUUUAGAACUAGCUAGCCCAUGUUGGUAUAGUCUAGCCGGUCAACCAGCCUGUAUGCACCCGAAACCCUGUUUUAUGUCAGCUGUAGUUCGGGUUUUGACUUUUAAGCUUUUGCCAUUGGUAUGUAUGAACAAUGAUAAUAAGGAAAUGCUCACAGAGUUUAGGCCCAGUUUGACAAACUUGGAAGUGAAACUAUUGUUGAAUUAGUAUUAUUAACGAUUUAACGUAUAAUAGAGGUUAUGGAGUUUUAUGUAA